UAUCAACAAUGUUUUCUGCAAUAAAAAGAUUGGCAAGCAAAAAUGAUGCAUCACAAAACCCUUCGAUCUCGAGACCUCCUGGUCACCAAACCAUGUCAACAUCACUUCAAAGAAAAUUUUCGAAAGGUGUUCAAUAUAACAUGAAGAUAAUAAUAAAGGGGGAUAGAAAUGUGGGUAAAACAUGCUUGUUUCAAAGACUGCAAGGCAAAAAAUUCAUUGAAGAAUACAUUCCGACUGACGAAAUUCAAGUGACUUCCAUUCAGUGGAACUACAAAGCAACCGAUGAUAUUGUCAAGGUUGAAGUGUGGGAUGUGGUUGACAAAGGCAAAAAGAAAAAGAGAUUUGAUGGCCUAAAGUUGGAAAAUAUGCAACUUGAACUUCCAGAAGAGACUGCUUUAGAUGCCGAAUUUCUGGAUGUUUAUAAAGGAACAAAUGGUGUGAUAAUGAUGCUAGAUUUAACGAAAUCCUGGACUUUUGAUUACGUCCAACGGGAAUUACCGAAAGUUCCAAGCCACAUUCCAGUCGUUAUUUUAUCAAAUCAUUGUGAUAUGUCCCAUCACCGAUCAGUUACAGCUGACCAUGUUAAUUUUUAUAUAGAAUCUAUAGCAAGUUCUCGAUCAGCUCAAAUAAGACACUCAGAAUCCUCGAUGAGAAACGGCUUUGGUUUAAAACUCCUUCACAAAUUUUUCAAUCUUCCUUUCUUGCAACUGCAACGGGAAACUUUGUUGAAACAAUUGGAGAGAAAUGAAUCGGAAACUAACAGCACUGUUCAGGAACUGGACAUAUUUUGCGAAUCUGACGAAGCCGACUACGGCAAAUUUAUGGAGAAUCUCACGAAAAAGCGCAGGGAAGUGGCAGACUCAAAUGCUAACAUACCCUUACCGCCACCUUCCAGUCAGCCUCCAGGUUCUAAUGGAACAGGGGAGGUGAAAAGAUCUCAAAGUGGGCCAAUAGUUAUUGGAGCCGGUAAGCCGAUUCCUUACGGUAACGUCAUGCCAAGUGUGAAAAGAGCGCCAAUGACGAAUAUAUCGAAAAGUUCCAGCAUGAGUUCGGGCUUCGUAUCGAAGGUCGGACUCGACCACGUGAUCUCCGAAGGUCUGCCCGAUCUCAGACGACUCGAUGUGAGUCCCAUCACCUCGGUGGAGGAGUUCUGUCCCGAUGGCGGUCAGUUGAAUGGAUUUUUGGACGAUGUCCACUACAACCAGGGACAAUCCAAUCUUAAGGAGGUUGUCGAAUCUGAUUCUGACACCGACACGGGUAAUCCGUUGGUCUCCGAACUGCAAGAGGACUUCGAUCCGGAAGAUGUCGCUUCGUUCCCCAAAACGAAAAGCAGGAAGAAGCCGGAAGGGAUGCAGCUGUCUGCGCCGGCGCGCGUCGUCCGAUCGAACGAGGGCAGCGACGUGGACCCGGUGGAAAAAACGGCGCUCGACGACUACGACAUGAAACAGACGAACGACGAGUUCGACUCGACCAUCAACUCGGAAAUAUCCGAGCUCACUUCGGAUGCCUACGAUGGAUGGAUCGGAGCGGACACCAAGUGGAGAAGAUCUCCCGAAGGUGGGGAAGAUGUGUCAGUAGUCAGCCAGACGUUAGAUUACAGCAACAGUACUGCCUAUGAUGACAGUACCAGUGUGACUUCAUCGAAUGUUCACAUGGAACUGCUUGUGUCCAAGCAUAGUUCGAAUAAUGGAAGUGUGGAGAGCGACAGUGAAGAGACCCAUACUUCCAGUUCCGUUAAGAAGGAGAAAGAAAGGAAGAAAAAAGAUAAAGAUAAGUCUGAAAAGAAACACAAAGCCAAAAAAUCCAAAGACAAGGAGAAGGAGAAGCAGCGCGACGGCAAAAGCGGAAAGAAGCACAAGCGUCGCUCCAGGGACGAGAGUUCGUUCCACCGCGACGAGCUCGAGGAGUUCCUGAACGGCAGUCCAUCGUCGCCGAUAGAUGCCGCCUACGAGGCGAUAUAGCGCAUGCCUCCGCUGCACAGGUACAAGUACUUUUUCGACUGCUAAGGGGUUUUAAAUGCCCAAACUCUAAAGGUACGCGAUAUCCACUGUAGUCCAGCCAAACCGUACCCUU